GAAAAUUUUGAUCGAUCGAUUGUUGUUUUUUGUCACAGAUGGAGUUUUUUGUCAUGUUUGUAUUGUUGCUGUAAAUCUCAUGUUGUUGUCCAAAGGAUUUAUUGAAUUUAAUAUUUGUUUGUAGAUAUUUAAUAUUAUUGAAAAGCUUCGUCAUGAACAGUGAAAAAUGAAAAUAGAAAAAUGCUUCUAAUGUCCUUUAGAAACAAGGGCAACUAUGAAUUUCUGAAAGCCACAUGCAUAUUUAUUUAUAUAUUUACCAUAAGUAGUGGAAGAUGGAAAAAUCCUUAGAAGAUGGUCUUUACCAAGCUGUAUUAUCACGAGAUCAUCAAACAGUGGCACAUUUAUUAUGCAAAGGUGCUGAUCCAAAUAAAACCACCAGCUUUGGUAAAACAAGUUUGGGUUUAGCAGCAAACACUGGAAAUCUUGAUAUAGCUAAACUUUUAAUAGAAGCCACAUUAUCUUGUAGUAUAUCAAAAGCAACAUCUAUAACUAAGAAGAGGCAUAAAUCGAAAAAAAGGAAGUAUCAUCAUGGUGGUCCUGCAGAAACAGUUGUGAAAUAUAAGAAUUUAAAUGACAGAAAAAUUAAAGAUUUUAGUUUAGGUCAGUGUGAAGAUGUAAAGCAGGACAGUUUGAAACAAGAAAAAAAUCAAGGUUACUUUGUAGUUAUCCAUAGUGAAGGUUCAAGCAGCGAUGAGAGUAAAGUGUCAAGUAUCUUAACUGCAUCUUCGUUGACACCGUCACCUCAGUCUGACUUGGAGUGGGAUGAGGAGAUAGAUAAUGACACACCCGUAGUGGACACUAGUGAGGAUGAAUCCUGGACGUCAAUGUACAGGUGGUACGCUGCUAUAUUAGAAAGCACUGGUGCAGCAAUAGCGUCAGCAUCAGCAGCAACUUAUGGUGUUGAUCAACAAGAUUCUUAUAUGAGAACAGCUCUUCAUUAUGCAGUAGAACGUGGCCAUCUAGAUAUUGUUGAACUCUUACUCAAAUCUGGGUGUAAAGUAGAUUUAACAGCUUCUGAAGGACUAACAGCAUUACACAUAGCAGCCAUGGAAAAUGAAACAAAUAUUGCUAAGAUGCUUUUGAGUGCAGGCAGUCAAGUCAAUAACAAAACUCAUGAAAAAAUAACAGCACUACAUUUUGCAGCAUCUAGAGGAUAUUUAGAUAUGGUCAAGGUGCUAGUCGCUGAAGGGGCUAAUAUCGAGUCUAGGGACACUAAUGAGCGGACUCCUUUGUAUGUAGCCGUCAUGAAAGGACAUCCGAAUGUGGUUGAGUACCUUAUUAGUGUUGGUGCAAAUGUAAAUAGUGAAGAGAUUCAUGGAUACACACCACUUUGUGAAGCUGUAUGGGAAAGAUUACCAGACAUUGUUGAACUUCUUUUGAAAGCAGGUGCUCGAAUAACACAUUCACAUAGGUUGAUUCACAAUGCCAUUAUUCAAGGCCAGGAACCGAUUGUAAAAAUGCUAGCAGGUGUUGGAGGAGGAAUAAAUUUGCAUAAUGAUAAUGGUGAUACGGCGCUUCUACUGGCUGUACGCUUGUCACAACUUAGAGAUGUUCGGCACUUGCUUGCCAAAGGUGCAAAUAUUAAUGCAAGCAAUAGUAUAACUGGCGCGAAUGCUUUGCACGUCGCCGUGGAAUGCAUCGAAUAUUUAGAAAAUUUUGAAGAGUUAUUGGAAUGCCUAAUAGAACAUAAGAUUGAUAUGAAUCAUACUGCUCUCACAGGAGACACCCCUCUGAAUAGAGCUUUGUUGUUGCAUAGGGACUAUGCCGCACUGUUACUUAUAAGGCAUGGGGCCGACGUAAAUUGCUGUGAUGUGCGAAAAUGCGGAUUGGAUAAUCUUUCUAUAGCUAGUCGACGACGUAAUGCCGAUCUUGUCAACUUACUUAUCAGAGCCGGGCACUAUUUGCCCUAUCCAGAAAUUUAUGAACAGUCUCCUAAGCCCGGAAGCACCGCAGAAUGGCUGCAAGCCAUUAGCCUAACUAAGCAACCUUUGAGUCUUACGGAUCUCUGCAGGAUACAGAUUCGACGUUCAUGCCAGAAUAUGGGAUUGUUUACAUCGGUAAAUCGCUUACCAUUACCAACAACCUUAAAACGCUUCCUCACCAUGCAAGACGAGUAUGAAUGGUUGAUCAAUGAAUGACAGAACCUACAUAACCUUUUCAGGAAUGCCGGUGCACAGCUAGGCAUUAUUUUACGCAGGUUGAAAUCACUGUAAGAAGUGAACACAUUUGCGGCCUGAAAAGGGAUAAUCGCAAGUUGCGCGAU